AUGAGCAGCAUGAUCUCUAACACCAGUGCUCUUUUCCAUCAAUCUCCUGCUCACCCCUGUACUCUUUUAUCCUUCAUUUUCGCCCUUGGAAUCGUUGCCGUCUUGUUUUUGCUAAGCCAGGACAAGUUUACACCUUCAGGCCGUAUCGCAAUCUGGAUAGCACUUGCCAAAUUAACUCUCUGCACUGAAAUUCUAUUCCUCAUUGCCCUCAUGCAUAAUAUUGUUGGGGUCAUAUGUUCUUGGCUUCCAUAUGGACGCCGUAAUGACCGAGAUAUUGAAUCGGCCGGGGUAAGAAGCCACAUUUCAACCGGAAUGGUUCACGCUGAGACAUCUGAUGAGGAGUCCCAUCAUGAUCCCGAUGAAGAAACAUGGUCGCAAGCACCGGCGCAGAAUGUUGUAACCAUGUUGCAUAUGUUCUUGUUGGAAGUGCUUGACAGAGUUUGGGAGGAGAUUGUAAUAGAAGAAGAGCAAGAGCAACGGCUCCGGGCCAUUCAAGCUCAAGCCAUUGAGGCACUUCCGGAGCCUCUGCAGUUCUACAAAGCCGGCCUGGAAGCAACAGCAGCUGGAAGCAGCGAUCGGUGUGCCAUUUGCCUAGAAGAUUUUGUGGAUGGCGAGUCUUGUCGUGUUUUCGAGUGCAAGCACAUCUUUCAUGUUAAUUGCAUUGAUCUUUGGUUAAAGAAUAGUCUAACUUGUCCGAUUUGUAGAAACUCUCUUGUGAAGAUAAUGUGA